AGAAACUCAGCCACAGUAAAGAACGCCGGCGCAGUGGUUCCCAUAGCAGGGGACAUGCUGGACGCUACAGAGGAUGCCGGGGCCCCUUGUCAAUCCCCUCCCUGUUUGUGACCGGGCUGAUGUGUUUCAAGUGAAGUAGAGUACAAAAAGUAGGCCCAAAUGAGGGAAGGAAAUUUGGAGCUGAAAUUUUGUGGAGUUUCGGGAGGGAAGUUGGAAACGCUCCAGAAGUUGUAGCCCCUUCAAGAAAGACAAGAGUCCAGUAAGGUGAGAUACACAGCCGGAUUAUCUUAGAAGCCACAGUGGGGUGGGUCAAAAGCUUCAAGUUCCUUAGCAUGCACAUCACAGAGGAUCUAAAAUGGUUCCUGCACACCGACAGCGGGGUGAAGAAGGUGCAACAGUGCCGCUUCAACCUCUGGAGGCUGAAGAAAUUUGGCUUUGCCCCCAAGACCCUCACAAACUUCAACAGAUGCACCAUCAAGAGCAUUCUGUCGGGCUGUUUCAACGACUGGUAUGGCAACUUCACCGGCCGCAACCAUAGGGUGGCGCGGUCAGCCAGUGCAUUAUGGGGGGCACACUGCCUGUCCUCCAGGACAUCUACAUCAUCCGGUGUCACAGGAAGGCAAGAAUGAUCAUUAAGAAGGUGGAGACACUACAGGUGCAUCAAAGCUGGGACUGAGAGACUGAUAAACAGCCUUCGCUAGCCAGCUGGUACCCUGCCCUGAACCUUAGACUGCUGCCCUAUGUACAUAGUCAUUGAACACGGGUCACUUUUUAACAAUGCUUACAUACUGUUUUAACCCACUUAAAAUAUAUAUAUUUUUAAUUAUUUAACCUUCAUUAACUUCUUUGGGGUAGGGGGCAGUAUUGGGUAGCUUGGACGUGCCCAAAUUAAGCUGCCUGCUACUCAGCCGUAAAACCUAGAAUAUGCAUAUAAUUAGUAAAUUUGGAUAGAAAACACUCUGAAAUUGUAAAAACCAUUUGAAUAAUGUCUGUGAGUAUAACAGAACUCGUAUGGCAGGCAAGAACCCGAAGAAAAAAAAUCCAACCAGGAAGUGGGAAAUCUGAGGUUUGUAGAUUUUCAAUUCAGCCCCCAAUGAAGAUACAGGGUGAUAUUAGUUGUUUCACUUCCCAAGGCUUCCACUAGAUGUCAACAGUAUUUAGAACCUGUUUUGAGGAUUCUACUCUAAAGGAGGGGCUCAUGAGAGGGCUCUUUGAGUGAGUGGUCUGCCAGAGUGCCACAGCCUCGGUCUGGCGCGCUCACGUGAAAGGUAGCUACGUUCCACUUCAUUUGUACAGACAAAGGAAUUGUCCGGUUGGAACAUGAAUGAAGUUUUAUGUUAAAAACAUCCUAAAGAUUGAUUCCAUACUUAGUUUGGCAUGUUUCUACGGGCUGUAACGGAACUUUUUGAACUUUUCAUCCGAUUUGGAUUUGUUUACCAAACGCCCAAACAGAAGAAGAUAUUUGGACAUAACUGAUUGACAUUAUCGAGCAAAUCAAACAUUUAUGGUGGACCUGGGAUUCCUGGGAGUGCAUUCUGAUGAUCAUCAAAGGAAACCAAUUGACAACCUGACCCCAGAGGAGAGGGAUGCCCACACUGUAUUUUGUAUGCAGCUGGCAGCCAGAAUCAAACCACGAGACCUAGAGGACUUCUUCUCAGCCGUGGGGAAAGUGAGAGACGUGAGGAUGAUCUCUGACAGAAACUCCAGGAGGUCAAAGGGCAUUGCCUACAUUGAGUUUCUGGAUGUGAAUUCAGUCCCGCUGGCUAUUGGCUUAACUGGUCAGAGACUUCUAGGAGUGCCCAUCAUCGUACAGGCCCCUCAGGCUGAGAAGAACAGAGCUGCAGCAAUGGCCAACAACCUUCAGAAGGGUAAUGCUGGCCCUAUGCGGCUGUAUGUGGGCUCUCUACACUUCAACAUCACAGAGGACAUGCUGCGAGGUGUCUUCGAGCCUUUCGGAAGAAUUGAGAGCAUACAACUGAUGAAUGACAGUGAAACUGGACGAUCCAAAGGAUAUGGUUUCAUCUCAUUUGCAGAUGCAGAGUGCGCUAAGAAGGCCCUGGAGCAGCUGAAUGGCUUUGAGCUGGCCGGGCGACCCAUGAAAGUUGGUCACGUGACGGAACGCACCGACCCCUCCACCGCCAGCUCCUUCCUGGACAACGACGAGCUGGAGAGGACAGGCAUUGACCUGGGCACCACCGGGCGCCUGCAGCUCAUGGCCCGGCUGGCAGAGGGUACUGGUCUUCAGAUCCCCCCGGCUGCACAGCAGGCUCUACAGAUGAGUGGUUCCAUCCACUCGACUCCAAUCCACUUCGUCAACAUGGCAGCUGGUACAGCUCCUGCCACCCUUUCACUGAAUCUGGCUCCAAGCAUGAACCAGGCCAUGACCCUCUCAACGCAGCCACUGGCUACGCACUGCCUACAGCUGUCCAACAUGUUCAACCCUCAGUUGGAAAAGGAACCUGGCUGGGAUGUCGAGAUUCAAGAUGACGUCAUUGAGGAGUGCAACAAACACGGUGGAAUUGUCCACAUAUACCUUGACAAGAACUCCCCUCAGGGCAAUGUGUACAUGAAAUGCCCGACUAUCCCAACAGCAAUGGCUGCAGUGAAUGCGCUACAUGGGCGGUGGUUUGCUGGUAAUAUGAUCACUGCAGCAUACGUACCUUUUCCGACCUACCAUAACCUUUUUCCUGAUUCUGUAACUGCAGCCCAGUUAUUGAUGCCUGUGCAGCAAUGAUUCUGCCAUGCAUGGGGUAGAUGUCACAAUGCCUGUUGGCUUCAGGAAUGUACAUUUUUGCCAAUAUUUUGGGAUCUUAUUGAACACAGUAGCAAAUUACUGUACCAAUCCACCCUAUCUUCAUCACGCAAUGUUUUUUUGUUCAGUCUGACAGCUAUUAGAGGCUAAGCUUGAGUUCUUCUGUAGUGACACAUUUCUGUAGCUGCAUUUGAGCAAAUUAUGUUGUUUCAACCUGCAUUGUGAAAAUACUACCUUUUGGGGUUUUGGUGGGGGGAGGGGCACAUAGGGUACAGAGUUGUUUUAGUGGGAAGUCUGUGUAUAUUUCUGUUGAAACUGACCCCAGAAGAACAACCCAUUUUUGGACAGCCCAACCAAAUUAACUUGUGACUCGAAUUGCAGUUUGCCAUAUCCUGUCAUCCCAUUAGGGCAUUUCUAUUGGACAUUUAGUCAUUCAGUUGUGCUUUAGAAAUGUUCAUUUGCCAUGUACGUUUUUGUCAGUUAACGUGUUAAAUUAAAAAAAGAUGCCUACAUA